UUAUGGGUAUAUAUAUUAUAACUACAGACGCGUGAAUGUUUUUAUCCCGUUUUGCUGCAGCUGGUAACGUUUUUUUCUCUCUCGUUUCAACCAAUCAUUCACGUGAAUACAAAUCUGCCCGGCAACCAAGAUUUGUCAAAUGCAUUUAGAAUGCGCGUCCGUCUAAUCUGGCCGUCUCCCUACGGACGGUCGAUGGAUGAAAUAAAGAUGUAGGUCCGCGUGCGCGUGAGCAUAAGAGCAGCAGGAAUGCGGCUCGCGGCCCUCCGUCAGACGUGACGUCGCUGGUCCCCCCGCUGAAAAACUUCACUCGCAACAAAGUUUCUCUGAGCAGAAGAGGAAGAAAAAAAAGAAAAAGAAAAAAAAGCCAGUGAACCCAGAAAAACUCGCCUCUCUCGGACCGAGGAACCUGGGAAUGUGCGGACAUUGUCGCCUCGGCACCGCAUCCCGCCGUCGAAAUGUUCGUCCAGUUGUUCCGUUUCGUCGACUCCGUGGCUCUCGUGGCGACCGUCUGUGCGGCGGCGUUGCUGGCGAGAAGCUGCGUGUGCGUGGGCGAGGAGGACGAUGAGGUCCUGGAGAAGAAAGAGCUCGCGGAGUUCUACGGGAAAGGUAUGUUCAUCCUGGAGAGCGAGCCGCUGAGGCGCUGCAUCACCGUGGACCGCUCUAACCUGGUACUGGAGGACUGUGAGCGGCCCACGCGCCGCAUGCUGUGGAAGUGGGUCUCCCGACAUCGCCUCUUCAAUGUGGGCACCAGUACGUGCCUGGGCCUCAACAUCUCUGACACUACGCAGCCUCUCGGCACGUUCGAGUGCGACACGGCCCUCCCUGUUCUGUGGUGGCGCUGCAGCGGAAACGGACUGUACGGGGCGUCCCAGUGGAAGGUGUCCGUGGCCGGACGUUUGGUGGUGGUGAAGAAAAACUCCUACCACGAGUGGAAGAGGUACAACACACCCAGAGAGGGGCCGUGCUCUUAUCCUUAUGAAGAUAUACACACGUUGUUGGGAAAUGCACAAGGCAUGCCCUGCUCUUUGCCCUUUAAAUACAACAACAAAUGGUACUCUGAGUGCACGACUGAGGGGCGCGAGGACCACCUCCCGUGGUGUGCCACCACCACGCGCUACGACGAGGCCGAGAGAUGGGGCUUCUGUCCGGUACAAGAUUCCAGUUGCGACCAUUUCUGGGAGUCCAACCAGGAGCUGCGUGCGUGUUACCAGUUCAACCUAAACACCAUUUUGACCUGGGGUCAGGCGCUGUUAAGCUGCCAGGCGCAAGGGGGGAAUCUGCUCAGCGUCACCAGCCUGGCUGAGCAGAGGUAUAUCAAAGAUCGUCUUUCAAGUGUUGGUGCGAUGGUGUGGAUCGGGCUGAACCACCUGAAGGAUGGACGGGGGUGGCAGUGGUCUGAUGGAGCACCUCUCUCACUGGUCGCCCUGCUCACAGCUCUGCCUGCGAGCCCCCUGCAGGACAACAGACAGUGUGGAGUGUACAACUACGAGGGGAUAUGGCAGAGUAUGUCCUGUGAGUCGGCUCGGCCCUACAUUUGUAAGAAGACGCCUAAUGACACCCGGAGAGCAGAGCCACUAGAGAGCUGGCAGUAUGUCCACACAGAGUGUGCUGACGGCUGGUGGCCACAUAAUGGUGUCUGCUAUCGGCUGCUGUCAGAGACGGCGGCGGGAACCUGGGGGGAGGCUGCCUUUGCCUGUCGCUCUCAGGGGGCAAACCUCACCAGCGUCCACUCUCUGUCCGAGGUGGAGAUGCUGCUCAAGCUGCUGACUAACUUGUCUGGAGAGAGUCGGGAGGUGUGGAUCGGUCUCUGGAAGCAGCCGUUGUCACCGACCGUAGAGUGGUUGGAUGGAUCACCAGUAACUCUCACUUUCUGGCACCAGUAUCACCCUCCUCACAACCUGACGGAUGCAACACACUGUGUUAAAGCUGACAAGAAGGAAGGUAACUGGCUUUUUGCGCCGUGUGAUGAGCGACUGCCCGCUGUGUGUAGGAGAGAGAGCCAGAAACAGGCUCAUCAGCCCGCAGCCGUGGAUGAGGAAUGUCCUGAGGGCUGGAAGCGACAUGGCCACUCCUGCUACACUGUGACUAGCCAUGAACAGAGUUAUGAAGAUGCUCGGAAGGGAUAUUACUGCACUGCUCCUCUCCUUACAGUGGAAAACAGGUUUGAGCAGGCGUUCGUCAACAGUUUGCUGAGUGAGAGCUGCACCAACAGCAGCAGGUAUUACUGGAUCGGCCUCAUGGACGUGGAGAAGAGGGGAGAGUACAUCUGGCUCCUUCCCAAUAGCUCCUCACAGUCCCUUACCUUCACAAACUGGAACAAACACCAGCCAGUCAGCUCAGGUGGCUGUGUUGCCAUGUCCGGCCGCAGUGCGUUGGGUCGCUGGGAAGUGAAAGACUGCAAGUCGCACAGGGCCUUGUCAGUGUGUAAGCAGAGCGUCAGCAGCUACAACCAUGUCCAGUCACCAGAGCACCACAUUGAUAGCUCCGCCCCCUGUCCUCCAGGGUGGGAAUCACAUUCUGGGAUGCUCUACUGUUUUAAGGUGUUCCACAAUGAGAAAGUCCUGAUGAAGCGGUCCUGGGUGGAAGCAGACUUCUUCUGCCAGGCCCUCGGGGCUCAGCUGGCCAGCUUCCACCACUAUGAGGAGCAGGUGUUUGUUAAGCAGCUCCUCAGUACCAUGUUUGAAGGAACAGAGGGCCGCUGGUUCUGGGUGGGUUUAAAUAAAAGAGAUCCUGAAAACCCCGGAGCCUGGGAGUGGUCUGAUGGUUCUCCCGUGGUGACGUCCUUCGUAGAGGAUAAGAACGAGGAGGAUGACCGGAGGGACUGUGCUGUGUACAGCGACCUGACCAACGCCAUGAUGCCGCGGCCCUGUGACACACAACACGAGUGGAUCUGCAAGCUGUCCAGAGGUGACCAACUGAAAAAACCCUACUGGUACACGGAGCAGAGCGAGCCCUGGGUUUUUUACCGCGGAGCCGAGUACCUGCUGGCGAAGCAGCCCUUUGACUGGGACGCCGUCUCGCUGGCCUGUCAGAUGAUGGGGGCUUACCUGCUGUCCAUUCACUCCAGAGAGGAGCUGCACUUUGUCAGGGAGCGCAUGCAGCGGCUGUCCGAGGGCCCGACAGACUGGUGGAUUGGCCUGUCCAUGGGGCGGACUGAAUACGAUGCCAGCAGUUGGAGCGACAAGACGGAAAUAGACUUUCAGAACUGGGCAGAGAAGAGUGUUGCUAAUGGCCUCAGAGGAGAAAAGGUGUGUGUCACCAUGUCCUCUCCAUCAGGGAAGUGGUCAGCGAGUAAAUGCAGCGAUCACCACAGCUACAUAUGCAAGAGAAAGACGGUGUCUGUGGUGGAGUCUCCCAGGGAGCCGCACUACAUCGGAGGAUGUCCGGAGCAAUGGCUCUACUUUGGACACAAGUGUCUCCUGCUUCACAUACCUGCUGGCCCACUGGAGGGAAAGAGUUGGAACGAUGCCCAGUCCAUCUGCUCCUCCUUCGCAGGCUCGCUGGUUGCCGUAGAGGACGAGAUUGAACAAGCCUACAUCACAAUGCUGCUCCAGGGCAGCUCUGUAGGUGUGUGGAUUGGUCUGCGGGAUGAGGACACCAUGAGAUGGACCAAUGGGAAAUCCGUCAGCUACACCAACUGGUCUCCAAUUGGACCAAAGAGCUACUUCACUGAUGAUGAUUUGGUCAGUGAAUUGACCGAUGAGCCGUUGUGCACAGUUCUAUCCAACAACCACAACUUCCACCUGACAGGGAAGUGGUACGAUGAGAAGUGCAGCGAGAGUGGUUAUGGCUUUGUUUGUCAGAAACCUCAAGAUAUAUCCAAACCCCCCACUCACUCCUAUCACCACCCUCUCCCUGACAAUAUUGAGUACAGGAGCCGUAGCUACAAGGUUGUGUCUGGCAACAUGAGCUGGUACGAGGCGAUGCAUAUGUGCAUAGAGAAUGAUUCUGACCUAGCGAGCGUUACCGAUGCAUACCACCAGGCUUUCCUUACUGUCCUUGUCAAUAGAUUGGCAGUCUCCCACUGGAUUGGACUGUAUAGUCAAGACAGUGGCAUCAAUUAUCAGUGGUCAGAUGGCAGUGACACAGUCUACACACACUGGGACGCGGCCGAUGACGACUUUGUGGGUGGAGAGUGUGUGUACAUGGACGUGACCGGAGGCUGGCGGAGAGCUGACUGUGAAACUCUGCUUCCAGGAGCCCUGUGUCAUGUUCCCCCACCAAGCAAUAAACCGUUCAUCUCAAGCGAGGUGGCGUGUCCCUCCACGUGGGUGAAAUUCAGCCACGGCUGUUACAACUUUGAGCCGGUGGUGCAAAAACUUACAUUCGAAGAGUCAAGAGAACACUGUAGGCAGAAAGUCAACACCUCGGAUGUGCUGACCAUUGAGAGUGAGACAGAGAAUCGCUUUGUUCUGGAGCAGCUGUGGUCGUUGGGGUUCCUUCACCACUCUGUGUGGUUGGGGAUGUACUUCAACACCGACACCGAUUCCAUGGCCUGGGUGGACGGUUCACCGAUGGACUACAUCAACUGGCCCGACCCCGCCCCGGACCCCAGGCUGCUCACCACAGAUUCUUGUGUGACCACCAGGGUGAAUGACGGCGCGUGGCACCUGUCGCAGUGCGCCCAGCGGCUCGGCUUCGUCUGCAAAACCACCUCAGAUGUUGUUGCUGAGGUGGAAGUGGAACCCCUGAAUGGUCUCCAUCACGGCGUCAUCCCCGCCGCGGUGCUGGUAGCCGUGCUGAUCUUCGCCCUGGUGGCCGGAGCGAUGUGGUUUGUGUACAAGAGGAACGCUUCAAGCUUCCGCCGGCUCCCUACGUUCGGCAGCGCUUACUACAGACAGACCAGCUCACAGGCCACGGAGUCGGAUGGCAAUGUGCUGAUCACACACCUGGAGGCUCACUCGGGAGAGUAGCUCUGAGCUUUUAUGGUCUCUAUUAUUCUCCCAUUAUCCAUUCGCCUCUCGCCACUUUGCCCCUGGGGAUGAACGCCGCCUGACAGCGUGAAGCUGCCACUCCUCAGGACAGCGGCGAGACGAUGACGGCAGACGUUUCCCUUUUUGUAAUCUGAGAAUGUUCUUGGAAGUUCCCGGUUGCACUCAACAGUUUUCAUGCUCUCCACAAAGGGUUGUAAACAUAAUGUUUUGUGUUGACACUGAAAAACCCACAUUUGAAUUGUCCACAUCACUGAGAUUGUUUAAGGGGGGGUGCAACAUCAUUUGAAAUGUGUUUAAAAGAGUAACUAAGCACUUGAUGCCUGUUUUUAUAACCAAAUGUUAGUAUUCAAUCAAUUACAGUUGGAAAAAGUAAAUUGGUUAAUUUUUUAUUUCACCAUAUUAAAAAAGGUGAAAAAAGUCUUGAUCUGCUCCAGGGGUCUAAAGUAACUCAAAAUAGUAAUAUGAUGUUAUUUUGUAUAUUUCAUUCAGAAUUUCAGGAGCUGUUGGAGCUGCACAGCAGCAUUGUUAUCAGUAUUAGUUUUGAAUUUUGUAUUUUAUUUUUUUAGGUACACAAGCUAAAUUUUGGGCAGAGUUGUUUGUUUCAAACUUCUGACAGUGUUGAAUUCAUUCCCUUGUUCCCCUUUGUCUGCUGAUUGCACAACUUUCUUUGUGUUUUAUUAAAUUGUGGUUAGGCCUAAGAAUUCCAGUAUCAUGAGUCUGACCGCAGGAAAUACUACACUCAAUGAAAAAAGGAACUCUUCCCCUUUUCACUUCAUCAAUGGCUUCCCUUUUCGUUAGUGUAAAGGACAGCAGCAGCAUGUCUCCACAGCGUGGCAAUGGGCCAAAGUAGUAAGAGUUACAAGUAGUAACAAGUAGUAAGUAACUCUGUCUUACCAUACAGCAUCUUUAGCCACACAAGCUCUAUACGGGUGGCUAGAAGUUUUGUUCACUUGGUAACGAUUUAGUCCACUCGUUUUGGGUAUGUGAUGUUGUGUCUUUAAUGAACAGAAUACUACAGGCAUGAUCGUAGUGACUACAAAUGAGCACAUCAAAGGUCAGAGAAUGGAUUCUUUAUCAACAUCACAAUGGCUUGAUAAGUAAGUAAGACAAGUAAGAUAUCUAUAUGACAAGAACCACCAGCAUGAGUGGAAACCGGAUAGCUCUUUAGUUUAGUUUUUAACUAGGAUAGUGGACAUUGUGAGCCAUAGGACGGACAGGACUGAUAUAGCGAUGAAGUAUUUUUUCUUUGCACCUUGGAUAUUAUUUGUGGUAUUUUCUACACUGAAUGAACAUCAGGGAUUUAAAGGAAAUCACAGAUAGACCACAAGUAUGGUCAACGAUUACUGAGUUUGUCGGCCUUUUAGUAAAAUUUUAUUAUGACCGCAUGUGUAAUUGUACAAAUAAAAGGCCCUUUAAUCGUUUGUCUUAAUGAAGAUGUCAGCGUGUCCCUUCAGUGGAGAACAUAAGACUAUUGAGUCUCUAGUUCUAUCUGACAGUCAUCGUGAUUAUUCAUUCCUACCAGCUGAUACGACAGAUACAAACACCAAGUGCUACUGUACAAUAUGAGUCAUCACUGCUCCGGAGCCGCAGCACAAAAACACACACACAAAUGCGAGUGGACGGGUCGAUAAUAGGAAAGAAUAUCCGCGUUUAAAUGUGAGAGUGCAGAGGAGGGCACCGAGGGAAAAAACAAAGGCGGAAAGCGAGACAUCCCGCCUUCAAAAUAAAAGCGUUGCCUGCGAUUAGCCAUGAACAAAACGAGUCAACAUAAUGAGACCAAAUGGUCAUAUGCAAAGUCAAAAUCAUCUGACACAAUGUCAAAAAUCCCAUCCGUUAUUUGACUCAGUAAAGUUGCAUUUAGUCUCUUGAUUUUGACCUUAUAUCGUAUAGGCUAUUUUUGAAUUAGCAAAUCAAAGUAUUUAUAUUAUAUAAUUUUUUUUU